AACCGAAGGUGAAUUUUGUUUGUAUCUAUAUUUUGAUAAUAACAAAAAAAGUAACUAGAUUAGCAGAGACUAUGCUGUGGAAAUAAAAAUUACACGAAAAAUAGCACUAAAUAAUUCCAAUGUUUUGUGGAAGAACUAGAAUAGUGAUGAUUAUCUCUAACUUUGUCGGUACAACAGAGAAGUUUAUAGGUAAAAUGUCGAUAACAUCAAGCGCUUAUUGAGCCAAUGAUGAUAACUGUUGAUACCUGUGUGUAUAAACGAUUGUGGCGACAUGCAGUGGCUAUUCAAACAAUUCACUUUCCGUUUCUCCACCCAUAAGCAACAGGAUCGUGAAAUAUUUUUAACAGAAUGGAAAACGACAAAAUUAUUCACAAUUAUUCUAUGGGCGUUGCCGUGUAUAUACACGUUAUAUUAUGAAAGGAUGCGUAAUGCGUGAUUAACCAAACAUUCCGUGCGUUUAAAAGUUACAAGAAUAUUUUUUAUUUUCUUCGACAAAAGAUCAGUGAUAUAAAUAUUUUUAUGUAUUGAAUUAUUGUUAUUGUAAAGAGAAUUUUCUACAGUUUGUGAUAAUUGUCUACCAAACUUAGUUUAUCAUGGAAAGUUUUAAAUUAUUUGUUAUCCUUGUUCUAAUGGCAUGUUGUGUUCAUCAAGGUUUUACAAUCAAAUGUUGGGUAUGCAGGUCAGAUAAUGACCCAAAGUGUGCUGAUCCUUUCGAUAAUUCAACAAUGCCAAUUGCCGAUUGUGAUCAUGAACAACCUCCAGAACAUCUGAAGGGCAUCAAAUCAACAAUGUGUCGAAAAAUUCGUCAGAAAGUUCAUGGAAAAUGGACCUAUUUUCGAAGUUGUGCUUUUAUGGGAGAACCUGGAAUAGGAGGUGAUGAACGAUUUUGUUUGAUGAGAACAGGAACACACAAUAUAUUCAUGGAAUAUUGCACGUGCAACAGCAAAGAAGGCUGUAAUACUAGUUCAUCAAUACAAAGUUCUUGGUUUAUUAUUUUAUUAACAAGCCUAAUAGGCGUAAGGUAUUACAUGACGUUAGCAUAGUAAUUUAAUAUUAUUUAGUAAAUAGUAAAAACUGUAUGAAAUGAAUUUAGUUAGUUAAAACAACUUUUGGAGUAAGAAACUCAUAUUAUGUUUUUAGACAAGUAAAAUUAAUUUACGAGAAAAGAAUAUCUCAUGACAAUUGUCAUCAUGUUAUUAACAUUGUGUCUUAUUAAGUGGUACAAACUAUCAAAAAUUUUUUAGAAGCUUAAAUAUUUGUAUUGUGAAUAUGAUAAUUUAUUAAUGUAUUUUUAUAAUUUAAGUGCUAUAAAUCCGUCCAGGCAAUUCUACAUUAUGU